AUGAAGCUUGCAAGUUUAUGUCAAUUUCUUAGCACAAAAGCUAAGGAUCUUGCACGGGAACAUGUGGAAAAACUAUCUAAAUCAGAUGAAGAGAGGGAACUUAAGCUGAAGAAACUAGAAAGUGAUACGGAAUUGCUUAUCAAAGAGAAGGCUGCCUUAGCUAGUGAAAUUGAUUUACUUAACAAUGAGAAGGUUAUAUUGGUAAGUGUUUUUGAAAAACUCAACAAAGAGAAGGCUAUGUUAGAAAGAGAUAUCGAAUUACACAAGAAAGACAAGGGUAUCUUAGCAACAGAUGUUGAAUUUCUCAAAGGGGAAAAGACUAUCUUAGUAAGUGAUGUCGAAGUGCUCAAAGAAGAGAAGCUUGUCUUAGCAAGUGCUGCUGAAUUGCUCAAGAAAGAGAAGGCCAACUUAACAAGCGAUAUCGAACUGCACAAGAAAGAGAAAGAUAAGGGUGUCUUGGCAAGUAAUGUUGAAUUUCUCAAGAAAGAAAAGGCUAUCUUAACAAGUGCUGCUGAAUCGCUUAAGAAAGAGAAGUCUAUCUUAUCAAACCAUAUCGAAUUACACAACAAAGAGAAGAGUGUCUUGGUAAGUGAUGUCAAAGCGCUCAAACAAGAGAAGAUCCUCCUGGAAAGUGCUGCUGAAUUGCUUAAGAAAGAGAAGGCCAUCUUAGCAAGCGAUAUCAAAUCCCACAAAAAAGAGAAAGGUAUCUUGGCGAGCGAAGUUGGAUUUCUCAACAAAGAGAAGGGUCUCUUGGCAAGUGAUGUCAAAGUGCUCAAAGAAGAAAAGAUCGUCUUAGCAGGUGCUAAUGAAUUGUUUAAGAAAGAAAAGGCCAUCUUAGCAAGUGAUAUCGAGUUACACAAGAACGAGAAAGUUAUCUUGGCAAGUGAUGUGGAUAUCCUCAACAAGGACAAGUCUAUCUUGGUAAGCAAUGCCGAAGUUCUCAAAAACGAAAUCUCCAUCUUGUCAAAUGAUGUUCAAGUACUCAGGGAGGAGAAGGUUAUCUUGUCAAAUGAUGCAGAAUUACUCGCCAGAGAAAAGGAAAAACUGCAAGGCGAUUUUGAAUUUCUUAAUGAAGAGAAGAAUGAGUUUGUUAGGUCUGAACGAGAGAAAGCACUAGCCGAUAAUGAAAAAGCAUUGGAGGUUCUCAGAGCGCUAUACCAAACUCAGCUUCUCAGGGAACGCUGGUACCAAAACGAACUUCAAGAAAUUCGGCAAGCAUUGAUCAAGUGUUGGGGUCUGAAACGAAAAGCAGAAAGACAGUGUUUGGAGUAAAGAUAACAAGAGCAGGAAACCAAGAAAUUUGGAACUAUAGAGAGAAUAAGACAGCCACAAUGAAAGAAGUAAUUAAUCAUCUAACCAAAAGGUGCUAAACCCAAUUUUUAAAGAACUGGUUGCGAAAUUUAAGGAAAGGCAUUACAACACAGCAUGAGAUAGUAAAGAAGUUGCACUUAAAGGGUGAAGUCAUUGGGUGAUAAAAAAAAAUGCAUAAAUCAAUACUUCGAGGAUGUUUAUGCUGACGUGGCGCAACCAAAUUGAAUUUGAAGUUUUCUGAAACAGUGAUUCUGCUCGGCCCACCAGUCAAUCCCAUUAUCAAACCCACUACUGACUUGGGUUGACUUUUACAUUUUCUUCGGUCCAUAGCUAAAGGUUUUCUUCUCCGUCGUUUUGUUCAAGUUCUGGUUAAAAAAUCAAAAACAAGUACUAUCAUUCAAAAUUCACAUCGAACAUUAGUACUUGAACAGAUCACCGUUCUUUCAUGUGCGGAUGAUUAUCUGAUUAUUACGUACAUGUUAAUGAUUGUAUUAUUCAGAAUGGGAUUAAGUAGGUGUCUUUAGAACUUCA